ACUCAAAAGCCAGACGCCGCUUCCGGUGUCGCCACCUUCUUUGUCUUCGGCCCAACAUUUCGAUACUAAGGGUUGUGUAUUUUUCCACCUUGUUUGAGGAUAUAUUCGCACAUAUAUCCAUAUUUUUCGGAUGUUGAAUGACAGUCGAUUCUGAAAUAUUUAUGCCUAAAAGUAAAGCGCCAAAAAUGGAUGACCUGGACUACAUCCCAGUAGACCUGAGCCCAGAGGAGCGCUCUGAGCUGGAGGACAUCCGCAGGCGGAAGAGCGUCCUGCUGCAGGAGAUCCAGAGGCUCAGAGAAGAAUUGAGAGAAGCAAUUUUAGAAGUAGAAGGGUUGGAGUCCAGCACAGAGGGCAGUAAAACUCUACAGAAAAGUAGACAUGUUGCAAUGGGAAGGAAAAAGUUCAACAUGGAUCCAAAAAAGGGCAUUGUUUUUCUGGUGGAGAACGAGCUGCUGAGACACACUCCAGAGGACAUCGCUCAGUUCUUGUACAAAGGAGAAGGUCUAAACAAGACCGCUAUAGGAGAUUACUUGGGAGAAAGGGAUGAUUUCAACAUCAAAGUUCUUCAGGCCUUUGUUGAUCUCCAUGAAUUCACUGAUCUCAACCUUGUCCAGGCCCUCAGACAGUUCCUGUGGAGUUUCCGUUUGCCCGGUGAGGCCCAGAAGAUUGAUAGAAUGAUGGAAGCUUUUGCUCAGAGAUACUGCCACUGUAACCCUGGCGUCUUCCAGAGCACUGACACGUGUUACGUUCUGUCAUUUGCCAUCAUCAUGCUGAACACGAGCCUCCAUAACCCGAAUGUAAGGGACAAACCUGGAGUGGAUCGCUUCAUAUCCAUGAACCGAGGGAUCAACGAGGGGGGAGACCUGCCAGAGGAGCUGCUCAGAAAUCUAUAUGAAAGCAUUAAAAACGAGCCCUUCAAGAUUCCAGAGGACGACGGCAACGACCUGACGCACACCUUCUUCAACCCUGACAGAGAAGGGUGGCUUCUCAAACUUGGAGGACGCGUGAAAACCUGGAAACGCAGAUGGUUUAUUCUCACAGACAAUUGCCUUUAUUACUUUGAAUACACCACAGAUAAGGAGCCGCGGGGUAUCAUCCCCUUGGAAAACCUUAGUAUCCGUGAGGUUGAAGAUCCAAGAAAACCAAACUGCUUUGAGUUGUACAUCCCCAACAACCGUGGUCAGCUGAUUAAGGCAUGUAAAACUGAGGCUGAUGGGAGAGUAGUGGAGGGGAACCACAUGGUGUACCGCAUCUCCGCCCCUACACCUGAGGAGAAGGAUGAAUGGAUCCACAGCAUCAAAUCUGCUGUAAGUGUCGAUCCCUUCUAUGAAAUGCUUGCCGCGAGGAAGAAACGUAUAUCUCUGAAGAAGAAGGAGGAGCAGCCGUAGACGUCUUCCUUGGCCAUUCUCCUCUCUGUUUCCACCACAGGACACAUUUCUGUCCCCUUUCUUGGUGUUCAGGCCUUCAUCCUGGGGGCUCCCCGCCAUCCAGUUUACACUACAGCGUAUUUGAAGCGGUACAGCCCGAGCACACUGUCUGCCCUGCAUUGCCACCAGAUUCCCCUCAUUCAGCAUUUAGGUGAACUGAAAAAAAGUGUUUUAAACCAUGUUCACACUAAGAUGGAUUGUUUAAAAUUAAUUUUUUGAUUAUAAUCUUCUUAAUGCCACUUACUAAAUUUAAAAAAAUAUUUACUUUGCUGAAGGGUUUGAAAAUAACAGUUAACAAGUCCAUAUUAAGAACACGCUAAUGCACAUAUUCAUGACUUUAACUACAUCAACAGCGCAACAUUGCUAUGGCUGGUAAAUGAAGCCUCAUGCAUGGCCAUCAGAAGAUACAUUUAUCUGUUCUUCCCUCCUGUUUAGCAUGUGGAGCAGACAUUUCCAGUGUGGAUUAAACACAACAAAUGCGGCCUUGUGAUGGUUCUCUCUUAGUGUGAACAUGGUUUUAUUCAGGAUAGUAAACCACUUCGGUUGUUGUGAAGUAUUUGCCUUUAUCACUACAAUAACUACAUAGAAUUUUCUUUUCUCGUGCUUUGCCCAAGGCAAAAUGUGAAUUCAGUAUUGAAACACUAAGAAGAUUUAGUAGGAGUAUUUUGUCAGCGAAGAGGAGGAACGGCACUAGAUGACUUCUGAUUCCUGACAUCUGCUCAUUGCUCUUUCAUAGUAUGUGUAAUAGUUUUACACAUGACAUGAACUUUAGAUGAAGAUAAGAUGACUGACUUUAUGUUGCCAGAGUACUACGGCCUGAUCUUCAGCAGUGAAGUAGAAAUGUGUAGUACCUGCCUGGGGGAGUGUUAUCCAUGACUUUCUAACACUAUACUGAGCAACGAUCCUCACGUUCCCUCGGAUGUAAUGUUACAGCAUGCCACAAAUCGUACUCUUCUUCCUCGACACUACAGGAAAAACGCAGACGUCUGUCGCUAGUAAUGACUGUCAGACACUUCACUGUUAGAGCCAGGUCUGUCUGCUAUUUUGAGUUUUAAGAAAUCACCAAGGCAGCUCAUUGCGAUGUAUACUUUCUGUAAAUAGAUGUUAGCAUAUUUGUUUAUGAUACAUAGAAAUAAUUUAAUUUAUUCUUUAUCUUUUGUUAAAAUCUGAUUUUUGUACGAGCUCCUGUAGGACUGCAUGUUGAUCAACUGAGACGUCGCCGAUCAUGCUAGUGCACUGAUUUGAAAGGUGUUAGUGUUCCGUGUUGGCUUGGAGACGUUGGUUUAAUGUUGAGGUUGCUUUAUAAAUUGUCUUAAUUAUAGUAUUUGGAGUACAACGAGGACCGUUGGUGAAGAGGUUGAUGCUUUGUAGUCUGAUUCCAGUCCAUACUGUUGUUUUUCAGUAGAUCAGGCUGUGUAAAGCACAAACGCAGAUCUCAGUCUGCUAAGCUAACGUCCCGUCUUUAUUUCACCGAUCCAAUAAGAGGAAGCAUCAGCAUUUUGAUAGUACUGCAGUGCUUAACGCAAGCCAAAACACGAAUAAAGCUGUGAUUCUUUAAAUGAUGGUAAUGAACGCAUUUAGUUUAGAUUAGCUUGGCAUCCAGUUAAUGAACUGUUUCCAGUAGUUUAUUGAAGUGGUAUUUACUCGAUGGUAGGAGAAGUAACUGUCUUCUGCACUUUAUCAAUGUGAGCAUUUUGGAGAAAAUGCUGUUACUUGGACUGACAAUAGAGCUUCAUCCCUCUGUAGCAGCCUCUACUGGCGGCUCCACAUGCUGCAGCCUGCUGUAGAGCGUGUUCCACCGUCACAUCACCACACCAUCGCCUGGUCCAGUCCUGCUACAGCAGCAGAUUCCACUGAACGUAAGAAAAGCAUCCCGGUGCAUGAAGCCAGAUGGGAUGAGGACAUGACACGGAUGCAGGAUUGCUUCUCUUCUCCCCCAUUGCAUCCAGAGAACUGUAAAUGUAACCAUGUCCGUGCUUCUAUACACACGAACUGUUUGUAGGCCUUCACCUUCUGGGUGUUCUCGAAGUGCAAAGUUGCCAAAAAUAUUCUGCCGCACAAAAGCUUCCAUUACAACAAAAGUAUAAACACUGAAAUGUUCCGACUGGACGUGGUCCAGUCUGACUCCUGUGACCCCACAACCACCUGGUUAUUUUGUAUUUAUUUAUUUUUACUUACUGUGAGGUAAGGAUGGAUAGAUCAUCUGUAAAUGUAGCAAAAGGAAAAGCACGAUACCUUGGUGCCAGUAAACUACUGUGUAACAAUAAAAGGUAAACUGAU